AAAGGCUGGUUCUUCAGGUGUGAGAGAGACAGGUGUGCAGCCUCAGCCCCGCUCCUUCACCUGCAGAGCCCACCAUGUGGGGCUACCUGUCGCUGAUGCCUGUCUUUCUAGCUGUCUGGGCUAUCUCUGGCGUCUGGAUCGUUUUUGCCAUUGCAGUGACCAACAGGACUGUGGACCUCAGCAAAGGCUUUCCCUACAUCAGCAUCUGCGGAUCCUUCCCCCCUCAGAGCUGCAUCUUCAGCCAGGUGCUCAAUAUGGGAGCUGCUCUGGCCGCGUGGAUCUGCAUUGUCCGUUACCACCAGCUCCGGGACUGGGGCGUCGGAAGGUGGCCUAACCAGCUGAUCCUAUGGACGGGUCUUCUCUGUGCCCUGGGCACCUCCGUGGUAGGCAAUUUCCAGGAAAAGAACCAGCGGCCCACGCACUUGGCAGGGGCCUUCCUUGCCUUCGUCUUGGGUAAUGUCUACUUCUGGCUGCAGCUCCUCCUGUGGAGGCUGAAGAGCCUGCCCCAGCCCGGGGCUGCCUGGAUCGGGCCACUCCGCCUGGGCCUCUGCAGCGUCUGCACCAUCCUCAUUGUGGCCAGUAUCCUUGUAUCUGGGGUAGGGGUUGGGGGUGGCUCUUCACUGGAAUUGGUCUUCCUGCCUGGCUGUCUGUCACAGGGGACAUCUCUUCCUUUCUCUGGGCCACAAUCUUUGCACAGGAUUAUGGCUUUGUCAUCGAGAAUGCCGACUUUGGGGUCAGGUUGCCCAGGUUGGAAUGCGCUGUCCUCCACACAGCAGCUGGGGGAAACUUCCGUGGGCUGUUACUUCUCAGUGUCAAUGGUUUCCUCAUCCCUCGAAUGUGGAUAAUGACAGGGCUGACCUCAGGGUUGUGGAGUGGAUAGGAUAAUACGCAUACGGUGCUUAGAUCUGUGCCUGGCAUAUAGUGAGUGACCGAUAGACCCUGGAAGAAUGAUAGACUAAGAACAGUCCCUUGAGGGCACUCACUCUGUGCCAGGAAGCAUGGCGGUGGUUGCAGGUGAAAACGGUUCAGACAGGAAAAGUCUUUCGGCCAGGAUGCACGUGAGGCCCUGCAGUGGAGUUGGUGAUAGGCUGCAGGUGGCUUGCGCAGGCUCUGAGAGGCAUUCUGUGAACUGCUCUUCCUAACUCCAUGUCCUGUGAUAUCACGUGAGUAGCUUGAAAUAGCCAUCAUGGAAGUAUUUAUACCACUGUAAUUGGCAGAUGCCACCAACCAGAGCCAGUUGUUAUACAUUUACUAGCACACCACAUGAUGGUUGACUCAAUUCCAACUCAUUUCUGAGCCAUCCCCAGAACCCAGGCACUUUCCACCAGCACAGCGUACUUCUAGAUGGGUCAGGUCACUCUCUGAGGCCUCAGUUUCCAUAUCCAUAAAAUGGAUUUCUUUUAUCAUAAUAAUUAUUAUUAUUUAUUUUUG